CCUGGUGUCAUGAGAAGGAUAGAAUAGUAACUGAACUGAAGGAAUCAUUGAAAAGAAUGGAUAGAGAUGAUAUACUGGAAGGGUUACAUGAAUUACCUACUGGACAAUGUACAAUGAAUAAUGAUGAAGAAUAUGAUAUUAAUGUAAAAGAUUCAAAUGAUGAAGUUGAGACUCAAAUUGAAACUGAAAACAAAGAAAUACAAACAACACAAACAACUCUUGACAAAGAAAUUCAGUUCAACUAUCUUGUACCAUCAGAAGAUAAUUUGGAAGGUCUGAGUGAAUCCCAAAUAGCAGGGAAGAAGUUGUUCUUAGUUCAAGGAGACAAACCUCAACUGAUGAACUGGGAGGAGUAUGGACUGAAGAUUAGUGUACCAGAGGAUAGUCUAUCAGCAUCAGAGACUGUAGAAGUAUCAGUACUAGCUCUUGUAGGAGGACACUACAAGUUUCCUGAUAAUACUAGACUAGUCAGUGCAGUGUAUGCAAUAUCAACCAGUCCACUCCUCAAGUCACUGAGGAUAGAAAUGCAACACUGUAUUGAUCUCAGUGAUCCUUCUUUAUCCAAGUAUCUUAAAUUUGCUGUUGCUCCAGUUCACACAGCUAGUCUUCCUUACCAGUUCUCACUAAUUGAAGGAGGGGAAUUUCUAGCAUACCAGAGAUAUGGAUGGAUUGAACGAA